GGAGUAUCAAAGUGAGAGACUUAAGGAGGGUUUAUUAGUUGAGAAAAGUAAACUUUAAAAUGUUUGGAUAGUGCUACUAAUACUUUGAAUAGAUCUCCCGCUCCUCUUUUCUUAAACCGGUGUCCCCUUCAGCUCUCUCUCUCUCUCUCUGUAUCUUUCCUUCAAAUUUAUCCUACUCUGUCCCCACAAUCCUUAAAAUGGGGGCAUACAGAGCGGACGACGACUACGAUUACUUGUUCAAGGUGGUUCUAAUCGGUGAUUCCGGUGUUGGUAAAUCGAACCUUUUGUCCAGAUUCAGUCGUAAUGAGUUCAGCCUGGAGUCAAAGUCCACCAUCGGCGUUGAGUUCGCAACUCGCAGCAUUCGCGUCGAAGAUAAGGUCGUUAAGGCUCAGAUUUGGGACACCGCCGGCCAGGAAAGAUAUCGUGCAAUCACGAGUGCCUACUAUCGAGGAGCUGUUGGUGCAUUGCUGGUUUAUGACGUGACUCGUCAUGUGACUUUUGAGAAUGUGGAAAGGUGGUUGAAGGAGCUCAGAGAUCAUACUGACUCAAACAUUGUCAUAAUGCUUGUGGGGAAUAAGGCAGAUCUGCGUCACCUACGGGCUGUUUCCACUGAGGAUGCCAAAGCAUUUGCUGAGAUGGAGAGUACUUUUUUCAUGGAAACAUCUGCUUUGGAGUCCAUGAAUGUGGAAAAUGCCUUCACAGAAGUGCUCACUCAAAUAUACCGUGUCGUGAGCAGGAAAGCUCUUGAAGCAGGGGAUGACCAGGCAGCAUUGCCCAAGGGACAGACUAUUAGUGUCGGAAAUAAGGAUGAUGUUUCAGCAGUAAAGAAAGUUGGGUGUUGUUCUACUUAAAACAAGAACCAACCUUAUGUUGGAUGAUGUUCGUUCUUUUUGAGUUCAAAUUAUCAUGUGGCCGUGGUAAUUUCUCCUUUUCUGUACAAGGAAUUAACCACAUGAAUUGCUUAGCCGUGAGAGCUCUAGUUUACUGGUGCUCACGUCAGGAUUUGA